AGUUAAUAACCCCAGCCUCCCCCUGCCUGUCAGCAUCAUGAUCGCAGAAAGCACCGGGAGCUCUCCACCAAAGCAGCCGCGUCGUGAUGACCGUCAGUGAGCGGAGCUGCAGCCCGUGACGCCCGACUCUCCCUGCACCCAGCCGGGUAGAUUUCUCAGCUUAACACGGUGUGAACGCUGGAGCUUUGGGACACGGACACACAAACACUGGCUCCGCAGCUUCAUUCGUCUCCCCAGGGCGCACUUCGCUCUCAUCGAUUCCUCCGAGGCUUCUCCUGCUCUCCAUCUGGGAAUUGAAAACUUGGGUGAGCAGACCGCUGCAGGCGGAGGAUAAGCGGACGCACGGAUAGUGUCCGCCGGCUGGCUGCGCGUCUUUCUGCGGCGCGCACAGCGGAGCUGCUGGAACUGUUCCCGUCCCGCGUUAGUCCAGCAUCACUUCUGACUGGGCGUCCCGAACUCGACCAACAUGGUUCUCCUGGGGUCCCUGCUUGUUCUUCUCUUCCCAGGCAUGAUGCUAUCCACAUCACAAAUAUUCCCCUUCCCUCCACCCGUGACUGACUGUGUUGAAGCUCAUCGUGUGUGCGCCACUGACCCACAGUGUGAGGCACUGUACCGGGGCUUAGAGCUGUGUGCGGCCGAUGCUGCAGUCUCACCACUGGGAGAACAAGCAGCAUCAGAGUGCCUGGAGAGACAAGAUGCCCUGUUGGCCAAACACCCAUCACUCUUGGCAUGCAAGUGCCAGCGUGGUUUCCGGAAGGAGGAGCGGUGCCUACGUAUUUACUGGAGAGUUCGUCUUCUGCCAGGAAGGGAUGAACUGGAGAUAUCCCCCUAUGAUGACUCACUGAUUGACUCUCCCAUGGCCUCUUUAGUAUCCGCCUCAUCCUUCAUGCAGCUGGAUGGUGAGAACCAGUGCUUGAAAGCAGCACAGGACUGUGGCCUGUACGAGAAGUGCGGAGCUCUUCGGUCAGAAUACGUGUUGGCCUGCACCAAGCCAUUACCCGGCACCAGCCGAUGCAACCAGUACAAGUGCCACCGGGCCCUGAGGCGUUUCCUGGAGCGGGUACCGGAGGAAUACAGCCUGGGUGUCCUGUUCUGUCCCUGCACCAACACCCUGUGUGGUGAAAGGAGGAGGAAAACCAUUGUACCCUCCUGCUCCUACCAGGACGCAGAGAGUCUGCAGCCUAACUGCCUCCACCAGCAGAGCUUCUGUCGUCGAGAUGACCUGUGCAGGUCCAGGCUGGCUGAUUUCCUCAGUAACUGCCAACCAUCCCAUGUGACAGGCAGCGGGUGUUUGAAAGAUUCAACAGGCCUCUGCCUCCGAGCCUACGCUGGACUCAUAGGUACCAUCAUGACUCCCAACUACAUCAGCAACAGCUCUGCUGACGUAUCGCUGUGGUGCAACUGUGAGGGCAGCGGCAACCAGUGGCAGGAAUGUCUGAAACUCCAGCGUCUUUUCACCCACAACAGCUGCCUACGUAAUUCUAUCAGCUGGAUGGGAAGCCCCGGAUCACUGCCCGCAGAUCCCACUCAACCUCCUGCUCCCAGGCCUUCUCCACUGGUUCAGAAGGAUGAGCUGCUGAGCAGGAACCACCUACCUGCACUCAACAACGAUGUGGUAGAGAGCGAGGAAGAGGAGGAGUUGACACAGACGGUUGAAGAGGAGGACGGUGAUGAAGGUGGCCAGUUCGAUGUCAUCCCGCUUUACUCGGAGAGGGCCACGGUCUCCAACCUGGGUUCAUCUGGAACAGGGGGGGCUGCAUCCCUCUGCGCCAGCCCUACUAAACCAGUACUGCUGCUCCUCCUGCUCCUAACCGCUGCCCUCAGCUGGGGGUAGAACAGUGGAUAUAUAGAAGAUACGCUCACCCACACAUUCACACUCACACAUGUACACUCUCACAUCAAAUGGCUCUCCAAACAAUCCUGGUCUGAUUGCUCAAAAAGUACAAGAAACAAGGGGAAGAAAUGGACUUUGCUUUUAUUUUUUGUUAGAAGCAUUUUAUUGGUUCCUGACUCUUGUCUUUGCUUUCUUUAUUCACUGCAAACAUGACAAAUAUCACUUUUAUUUAUUUGGCUCUGACUGGAGUCACAGUGGGGUAUCCGCUUGCUACCUUUAACCAGUAAGCACACUUGAAUAUUUAUUUAAUGCUAGCACACAGAUAAUAGUUUGUUGGUUUUAAGUGGUGCUGACAGGGUCUGUGAACAGCUGCUCCACAUUAGCCCUUUAGUGUAAAUUAUACAUCGGAAAUCUGCUGAUGCGUAAGCAAGUAGCCAAAACAAAAUGUCUACAACCAGCAAUAGCAAUUUGCAAACAUGGCACAUUAUUAAGAGUGAACCCAGUGCUACAAUGGACUUUCAGAGCUAAUGUAUGAAUAAGGGAAGUACUUGAAAAUGGCCAGAAAAGCUUCAAGCUUUAGCAUGCAAUGCUUUAUUUAGUAUUAGUUAAUGUUGCAAUCUUCCUCUGAUUUUGAAGUAAUUAUUGUUUCAAAAGUGUUAGUGGUGUAAAAUCAUCCCAUGUUAUGGCUAGAAUACUGGGUUUUAUUCCUGACUAGAGUCGUCUCUCCACUCGGCUCCUCUCCUGUUGUCCUCCCAAAAGCAGGAGAACAUGGGAGUCUGCAUCAAUCCAAUUCAAUUCAAUUUUAUUUAUAUUGCGCCAAUUCGUGAAACAUGUCAUCUCAAGGCACUUUACAAAGU